AUGGCGUUCAGCAGUGAGUACAGUACGGAGGAAGUACAGAAGAUCGAAUGUGACUUCAAACGUCUGCAAGACAAAUGUUACCUCGACCAUGCCGGAACGGCGCUAUACGGAGAAUCGCAGAUGCGAGCUGUCCAGGAGCUGCUGACCGGAGGGUUAUACUGCAACCCUCACACUAGCCGCACGAUGGAGGAUCUUAUCGAUUUGGUGCGAUAUCGGGUGUUGCGGUGGUUCAAUACACGCUCCUCAGAGUACAGCGUCGUUUUUACGGCCGGUACAACGGCCAGCUUAAAGCUCGUGGCUGAAACGUUCAAUUUCGACAACGCGGAGGAUAAUGGUGCUGGUGCAUUUGUUUAUUUGCGCGAUAGUCACACAUCGGUGCUGGGCAUGCGUGAGAUCGUUCGGACGGGCAGAAUCGCAGCGAUCGAACGGAGUGAACUACUGCUAGCGCUCAACGAAGGUUGUCCACGUCCGGUCGCCUCUGCCGGCCGUCUAUCACUGGUCGUGUUUCCCGCGCAGUGCAAUUUCAACGGUGUCAAGUACCCGCUCGAGCUACUCGACGUCAUCGAACGGAACGGUCUCCCAGGGUAUGGGGGUGACAUCUUUCACGUGUGCCUUGAUGCGGCCAGCUACGUUUCAACCAGUCGCCUUGAUCUCACACGCCACAAACCGGCCUUCGUCUGUGUUUCGUUUUACAAAAUAUUUGGCUAUCCAACCGGUUUAGGGGCGCUACUGGUGCGUAAGGAUGCGGAAAGCAGUCUGACCGGCAAGCGGUACUACGGUGGUGGCACCGUGAAGAUUGCGAUGAGUAACAAGAACUUUCAUAUUGGGCGUGAAACGCUAACAGAACGAUUCGAGGAUGGAACGGUUAACUUUUUGUCGAUAGUUAGCCUUUUGCCAUGCUUCGAAUCACUCGAAGGCCUCAUUCCACCGACCGCCGAACUUACGACAAUCGAGCGCAUCUCGCAGCACACGUUCCGCAUUGCGCGCUAUUGCUUUCAACAACUGCAGCAGCUGGAGCACGCGAACGGAAGCAAAGUCAUCCAGCUUUACCACGACACCACAUUCGGUGACGCACGAUCACAGGGUGCGAUCGUCAACUUUAAUGUGCUGAACGACACCGGUGCAUACGUAGGAUUUGCAGAGGUGGCGUGCAUGGCAAGCAGCCAUAGUAUUUACCUGCGAACUGGCUGCUUUUGCAAUCCGGGCGCCUGUCAGCGGCAUUUGCGGUUAACGGACGAGGAUGUUUGGCGUCACUUUCAAGCCGGACACGUGUGUGGCGAUGCGAAUGAUCUGAUCGACGGGCAGCCGACUGGUUCGGUGCGUGUUUCGUUCGGAUACAUGAGCCGGGUGGCGGACGUCGAUCGCUUGGUGAGCAUGAUUUCGCGCUGCUACGUCCGGCGAACGAUUCCCGGUCCUCUCGCUAUAAGUCGAGCGGAGAUUGUAGCCCACUACAAGGACCACGACCGCUCUCGACUCGUAGCGAUCUGCCUGUUCCCGAUAAAAUCGUGCGGCGCCUUCCGUGUGGCUGGCCGUGGAGCAGAGUGGCCAUUGUGCUCGUCCGGUCUGCGGUACGAUCGCGAGUUUGUUAUCGUCGACGAGCAUGGACUUGCGGUUACACAGAAAAGUGUUACGGAUUUGUGUCGCAUCCUACCGAAAAUCAAUUUGGAGACUGAGGCUAUGAGCCUGCACCAUCCGCAGAUGGAGUACGACUUAAAGAUCGAUUUGCGGCCGGUGACGAGCGAUGAGCGGCAGCGUGUGCGCAUUUGUCAGACGAAGGUGUGCCAGGACAGUGUGCAGGGUGUUGAUUGCGGGGAGGAGGCUGCAGAUUGGAUUAGUUUGGCACUCGGUGUAUCGGGUUUGCGGCUUUUGCGUCACUCACCGCAUAUCAAUCAACGCGCCCAUCGCAACGGAAGGCACCGCGAAAUAUCACUUAAUAAUCAGGCGCAACUGUUACUCGUUAAUCGUACGUCAGUGCGGUGGAUUUCUGACCGGAUAGAAGAUUGGGAUGCGCUCGGACCAGCCGCUCCGCCGCUUGACUCGUUGGUCGAUCGGUUUCGUGGGAAUCUUAUCGUCGAAACAGUGCGUCCACUAGAGGAGCGCGAAUGGCGCCAGGUAACGAUCGGUGAGCGAAUAUUGACAGUCGACGGACCAUGCACCCGGUGCCAGAUGAUUUGUAUUGAUCAAGCAACCGGUACGAAAACGGUGGAACCGCUGCGUACCAUUGGUCGGGAAUUUGGCGGAAAAAUGCGCUUUGGAGUGUAUUUAUCACUCGGGGAGACCUUCGAUGGGAACGGGACGCUCAUCUGCGAUGCGUCGGUUUCUGGUACCUACGAGUGAUGGAUGCGUAUCAGUUAUAAUGCCAAUUUGACGGUUCCGAAAAACAUAGUCUUUGUCGCGUUCGAGACAUGUUUUAUUCAUUAGUUACUAUUAGCCAUCUGUUAAAAUAUACUAUACAAUAAAAUAUAACAUGUAGU